AAAAAAAAAAAGACAGAACAUUAAUCUUUACGAAAACUAAAAAAAAUCUCUCUGAUUUUCUCUUCUUUUCCUUUUGGGCGGAAGAAACAUCCCCAGAAAAAAAGUGUCUCUAUACAAUUUGGAUCUUCCAUUGUACGGAGAACUUCCAAACUCAAAAAACCAAAACCCCCAAAAAGAUGACAUGGGUCAUCAUCCAAUCCUCGCCAUAGAUCUCUUUUUCAAGCUUUUUCUCUCACCGAUUUUCCUUUCUUUCUUUUCAGGGUCUCGAAGAUCUUGCACUGUUUUAACUUUUAAGCAUCAUCUGUCCCAAAAAAGAGCUGUUGAAUUCUUUCAACCGUGAUGGAUCAACAAGGGCAUGGCCAGCCUCCAUCGAUGGGAGCAGUUGGCAGUGGAGGUCAGAUGGCAUAUGGUAGCAACCUGUACCAUCCUAGCCAAAUGACUGUAGGUCCGACUUCUGGAUCUGUUGUUACAUCAGUAGGAGGUAUUCAGUCUACGAGCCAACCCAGCGGAGCUCAGCUUGCUCAACACCAACUUGCUUAUCAGCAUAUCCACCAGCAGCAACAACAGCAACUUCAACAGCAGCUCCAGACAUUUUGGGCAAAUCAGUACCAAGAGAUCGAAAAGGUAACCGACUUCAAGAACCAUAGUCUUCCCUUAGCAAGGAUCAAGAAGAUCAUGAAGGCUGACGAGGAUGUACGAAUGAUAUCGGCUGAGGCACCAGUUUUAUUUGCUAGGGCAUGUGAAAUGUUCAUCUUGGAAUUGACUUUACGGUCUUGGAACCAUACCGAAGAGAACAAACGCAGGACGCUUCAGAAGAACGAUAUUGCUGCAGCCAUCACAAGAACUGACAUUUUUGACUUUCUGGUUGAUAUUGUGCCGAGGGAAGAUCUGAAAGACGAAGUACUCACAUCAAUCCCGAGAGGAACAAUAACCGUUGGGGGGCCUGGAGAUGCACUUCCUUAUUGCUAUAUGCCGUCUCAACAUGCACCUCAGGUUGGGGCCCCUGGGAUGAUUAUGGGCAAGCCAGUGAUGGACCCAACAAUGUAUGCUCAACAAUCUCACCCUUACAUGCCUCCACAAAUGUGGCAGCAUGCACAAGAUCAAGCCCCUCCCGAGCAAUAGUAGCUGUGGCAUGGAGGUGAAGGAGAACCCAGACGGAGUCCCCUCCGAAGCAAAUUCAUGUCGAUUCCAAACCACACACACAACGCAACGGACUGACCAGAGAUUUACACUGAAGAUUUGAUCUGAGGCCCUACGUAAUAGUUCUUGUAGAUAAUUUGCUUGACAAGAGUAGAUAAUCUUGAUUAAGCUGGAAAAAAAUCUCUUCUUUUCCAAUUCAUGCUUUACUCCACUCUCUGAAUGUUGGUAAUGACAGUCAAAAAGAAUGUGCAACUUUAUAUUAUACUUACACAUUUGAUGCUUU